AUAUUAGAUCUCUCAGGGGGUUUUCCAAGUUCGAAUUGCCGUUGCAACUCUUUAAAGGGAACCGCGAUGGCUUCGCAAACUUACCAAGAUCUGCAUUCCUGUAUGCAAGAUCGAUUCUUCUUCUCGCUGUUUCAAUAUGAGAUCUCUUUCUCUCUUAGCCGCUUCUUUGGCCGCGACGGCGACGGCAGCGAAAGUCGAUUUGCCCAUCUCAGCAAGAACGGACGACGUUGACUCGGACACAACCGCGGUAUUCUAUAAUACGACGAGCCCUGUGUUGAUCGGCAACGAUGGUGGUGCUAGCACGGGCGGAUUCCGUCUAUACAGCUUAGAUGGUAGCACCCCGUUGACGGAGACAAAGCACGAGACACCCGGCCGAACGAAGCUCGUGACGAAUGUAUACGAUGUUGGCGGAAAGGAUUUGGUUGUUACCAUCGCCCAACCAGACUCAUUCUUUCGCCUCUACGACUCGAUCACUGGAGAACAGGUCGGUGAGCCUCUUACUCGUACCCUUGGGGAUUGGUCAGCUCUUUGCACCUGGAAAAGCCAAGCCAGUGGAGAGCAAUACGUAUACUUGUUUGGGAAGAAGCAAGCUGUGCACUUUCUCUUGAGAGAGCAAGAUAGCUCUUACGAAUUCGUCGAAAUCCAGACUUUCAACACCUCAACGGAAGCGUCGUCGUGUGCUGUAUCCUUGUCUGCCCAGGCAGUGUACUUUGCAACUGACGAUGACACAACUGUUUACACAUUUCCCGCCGCGGAAGGAACCGCUGUUCCUGAAAUAACUGUUUUAGGACAGGCGGGCGACAGUGUAACUGGUCUUGCCGCUUACAUUGGACAAACAUCGGAUUAUCUACUUGUUUCCCAGGACCAUGCCAUAGAACUAUACGAUACUUCUUUCGCGCUCUUGGGCUCUGCUACACUCACCGGAGAUGAUGAUAUCGAAAUUAAGGGAUUAGGUCUCUACCAAGCAACUACGCAAAACUACCCAGCCGGCGCCGUGACAUAUGCUAUUGAAAGCGACGGCGGAAAUGGCUUCGCUGUUAGCUCUUUAGAGCCAGUUUUUGACGGACUGGACUUGGAAUCGAAUACCGCUUUCGAUCCUCGUCAAAAAUCCAACACUUCAAUUACUACUGUCUGUUCUCAGUGCAGCCUCAGCGGAUUUUGCCAGAAUGAUAGCGGUGACGAGAGCACGGUUACGUGCGCAUGCUUUGCAGGGUUCGACGGUGCCGACUGCGCGGCUUUUACGUGCCGCAAUGACUGCUCUGGCCAUGGCCAAUGUGUUGGCGCGAAUUCGUGCCAAUGCGACGAUGGAUGGGGUGGUUUAUACUGCGCUUUCAAAGUAGUCCUACCUGUUGCCGAGACGGAUGCAAACGGUGCUGAUGGUGAUGACCCGGCCAUUUGGAUAUCGCCAGUCGAUAAAUCGGAGUCGCGAAUCAUCACUACAACAAAGUCAGAAGAGGGUGCCGGACUCGGAGUGUUUGACCUCAGUGGAAAGCAGCUGCAAACCAUAGCAGCCAGCGAGCCCAACAAUGUUGAUGUGAUAUACAAUUUCCAAGCUGGAAACCGGACGGUUGAUCUGACAUACGCCGCUUGCCGAGAAGACAACACUAUGUGUCUCUUUGAGAUCACCUCGAACGGAACCCUACAGACCAUAGCAGGCGGUACGCAACCAACCAAGCCGAAUUAUAAAGUCUACGGUAGCUGCGUGUACCAUUCGCGGAAAAGUGGCAAGCAAUAUGUGUUUGUUAAUGCGAAGACUGCCGAAUACCUGCAGUACGAGCUUACCUGGGAGGACGAUUCACUGCAGACUACUCUCGUACGCAACUUCACCGGUGGAUCCGGAGGGCAAGUCGAGGGUUGCGUAUCGGACGAAGCGAAUGGGUGGGUUAUCAUUGGCGAAGAACCUCAUGCUCUCUGGCGUUACGGUGCCGAGCCAGACGAUACCACGGAAGCAUUUAUGAUCGGUGAGGUCGGCGACGGGACGAUGUACGCAGAUGUCGAGGGCGUGACGUUGGUUGAAGGUCCUACGGCUGACAAGGGAUUCAUCAUCGUGAGUCAGCAAGGUGUCAGCGCUUAUAAUGUGUAUCGCCGCGCUGCUCCCCAUGAUUAUGUCGAGACGUUUACGAUUAUGGAAAAUGUAGAGAAAGGGGUCGACGCUGUGACGAAUACGGACGGUGUUACAGCUGUCGGCGCGGCUCUGGGUUCUGUAUUCCCUGCUGGGCUGGUGGUUGUUCAUGACGACGCAAACCAGCUACCCGAAGGGGGCACAAGCGACAAAGCGAGCUUCAAGCUAGUCAGCCUCGCGGAUGUACUUAGCGAGGAACUCUUGAAAGAGGUUGAUCCCAACUGGGACCCUCGAGCUUCAGCUUCCAAGGCUUCAAGUUUCAAGGCUGCAAGUUUCAAGGAUUCAAGCUUCAAAGGUUCAAGCCCUAAUGCUUCAAGCCCCAACGCUUCAAGCUCUAAGGGUUCAAGUUUCAAGGCUUCAAACUUCAAGGCAUCAGGUGCCAAGGGUUGUAAACGUGCCCACUAAUACUUCUAGGGUACAUGCAUAUAUAGGAGUGUACCUACGUAGUAUUAAGGUAGCUACCACUAAGAACAAGAGUUAACUCAAA